CACGACAUUUGAAUCCACAUUGCUACUCUCCUUUCCUUCUGUUGGAUGCACCUUUCUCUUAUUUUCAACUAAAUCGCUUGGUCGCAAUGGACAAUGCCAACCUGUGGACUCGCCGGUCGAAGUAAGUAGGACUAUAAACUGACAUGAUCCUUCUGGAUAUAGAAGUGUAGCGUGUCUUGAUGCUGACCCCAAGUGACACUAGCAAGCUCUCCCUUUCCAUGUCCGGUUCGGACGCCAAAGAGACCAGUGGAAGACAAGAUUCCUCUCGAAGUCAUACAUCCAAGCGAUUUGGUCCUGACAGUUCUCACGGACGAUCGAACCCUUUCAACGUGAUCUUACCCCUCACUACGAACGCACCAUCUCCCUCCGCCGGCGCCUCGUCCGCUUUUGGCUUAGGAUCUGGUGCGUUUGCCUCCUUCGGCUCGGCCAAAACACCAAAAACCCCUGGCGCAUUUGAUCUUAGCGCCCCAAAAUCGAGUGAAAAACGAGAAACGCGGCCGGAAGACGAAGGGGUGAAUAAUAAAACCGUGAAGUCAAAGGCGUCAUCUUCUUCUCUCAAUAAUACCCCAACAACUCCUGCUCUUAAAGAACACCCCAUAAGGUCUACUUGGAUCGUUUGGUACCGACCCCCAACACCAAAACAUUCUGACUACGAGAAAUCUACCAUAGCCCUUGCAUCGAUAUCUUCUGUUGAGAGUUUUUGGGCCGUUUACUCACACCUUAAGAGGCCUUCUCAGCUCCCGGCGGUGUCGGACUACCAUAUUUUUAAGAAGGGAAUACGACCAGUUUGGGAAGAUGAAGCAAACAAACGUGGAGGGAAAUGGAUCGUCAGAUUGAAGAAGGGGGUUGCUGAUCGCUAUUGGGAAGAUUUGCUUCUGGCAAUGGUGGGUGAUCAAUUUGCGGAAGCAAGCGAUGAGGUGUGCGGGGCAGUUCUGAGCGUUAGAAGUGGGGAAGACGUCCUGUCUGUCUGGACGAGGAUUGAUGGUGGGCGGAAUAUCAAAAUUCGGGAAACUAUAAAACGCCUGUUAUCCUUCCCUCCAGACACCAACAUUGCCUGGAAAAGUCAUGACGAUAGCAUUGCGCAACGUUCCGCCAUCGACCAGGCCCGCCAGGAUAAAGCCGCUGCAAAUGCAAGUCAUCAUAAUCAGGGCUCAGAUCGUCGACGUGGGCAAAACCAAGAUGACACUUCGGCUGAUAAAGGGCGGACUGCAGCAUCAUAAAAGAAAGGCCCGCAUGCAAAUGUGGCCAGUGUACAGUAGCUCUUUGUCUUUUUCCCGCUUUCCUAUUAUUUUUGUGCUGAUGCUGUGGUCCCGGCAUUUGCGGUCAGACAGGUUUCUGCUGAUGGUCUUUGUUGUGUCUUUUGUUUCUUCAACACAUUGCGUUUGUAUGGGUGGAAAAGAGUAGUGGAAAUUUUAGUGCCAAAAUGGGCCUUUCUUCUAUUCUGAUCAACUGGUGGAUUCUAGCUAGACCUUUUGUUGUGUUUUGAGUUUCUUUUUGAGGAUUUAACGGCCUGGAAGGAAUACAAUGGCAGGAACAAGCAAAUACCUUUCUGCCUCUUGCC